CCUUUACCUUGAAAAGCUGGACAGAAGCAGCAUUCUGACGUUAGUCUGGACAACCUGAGGCUGCGCAGAGAUGGCGGGACGUGACCGAGUUGUUUACCUGCUCAGGCAGCUGGAGCGCGCUGCGUGCAGAUGUCCAGCUCACUCCAACACCUUCCACAGAGGUGUUGGAGCUGCGACCUGCACUGUCAGGAAAACCGACUACGCCUUCGAGAUGGCGAGUUCCAACAUCAGAUAUGGAGAAGGAGUCACCAGAGAGAUCGGCAUGGAUUUGCAGAAUUUGGGCGCUCGGAACGUUUGCGUGAUGACGGACCGGACGUUGUCCCGCCUCCCUCCGGUGGCGGCGGUUCUGGAGUCUCUGGCGAAGAACGGCGUCAGGUACCGAGUGUACGACAGCGUGAGGGUGGAGCCUACGGAUGCCAGCUUCAAAGACGCAAUCUCAUUCGCUAAGAGCGACUCGUUUGACGUGUUCGUGGCGGUGGGCGGCGGCUCCGUGAUCGACACCUGCAAAGCAGCCAAUCUGUACGCGAGUCACCCCGACGCCGACUUCCUGGACUUUGUCAACGCUCCAAUCGGAAAAGGGAAGCCGGUGACGGGCGCCGUGAGGCCGCUGAUUGCAGUUCCUACGACUGCAGGAACCGGCAGCGAGACGACCGGAGUCGCCAUCUUCGACUAUGAACCGCUGAAGGCCAAAACAGGUAUCGCCAGCAGAGCCAUCAGACCAAUGCUGGGGCUCGUGGACCCGCUGCACACACUGAGCAUGCCCGAGAGAGUCGCAGCCAACAGCGGCUUCGACGUCCUCUGUCACGCUCUGGAGUCCUACACCGCCCUGCCCUACCACCAGAGGGCGCCCUGCCCCACCAACCCCAUCAACCGCCCCGCCUACCAGGGCAGCAACCCCAUCAGCGACGUGUGGUCCCGCCACGCCCUCCACGUGGUCGCCAAGUACAUGAAACGAGCUGUGCGCGACCCGGAGGACCUGGAGGCUCGGUCCAGCAUGCACCUGGCCAGUGUGUUCGCCGGAAUCGGCUUCGGAAAUGCCGGAGUUCAUCUGUGCCACGGGAUGUCGUAUCCGAUCGCAGGCAACGUGAAGACGCACUCCGCCAAGGGCUACAGCGUGAAGCACCCCCUGGUGCCUCAUGGACUUUCGGUCGUCCUCACGUCUCCGGCUGUAUUCAACUUCACAGCUCCGAUGUGUCCAGAGCGCCACCUGGAGGCUGCAGAGAUCCUCGGUGCAGACGUGCGGCAGGUGAAGCGGGAGGAUGCGGGUGCAGUUGUGGCCGACACACUGCGUCGCUUCCUGUCAGAGCUGCAGGUGGAGGACGGACUGGCAGCUGUUGGAUACAGUAAAGAUGACAUCCCGGCUCUGGUCAAAGGAACCAUCCCUCAGGAGCGAGUGACCAAACUGUCUCCAAGAGAGCACAGCGAGGAGGACCUGAGCCGGCUGUUUGAAGCCUCCAUGAAGCUGUACUGAGGACGCUCACCUGUCAGGUGGAGCUGCAGCUCAGCAGACGGCCAGCGGGUGGUGCUGUUGGUCUGAAAUGAAACUUCACUGAUUAAAACCACAGACUGUAUAACAGAUGGACGUAUCAACCGGCCCUGAAAAUUGAAGCCAACCUGGAAGUGUCAA